AUGAGUUCUCUGCACUCCUCCCCAAAUGACUGGUCCAUGGCCGGGAGCUAUCAAUCCGAGUACCAAUCUUUCAACCUCGGGUCUGCCUCAGGAUCAGAGGAAAGUUCAUACCUUCAGAUUUCUUCAAACCAACCCGACUCCGAUCAGUCGUCUGAAGUUACUGGCCGUCGCCCUCCUCCUACCACCACAGGUGGUGGUAGUGAUGACAUUCAUUGCACUCAUAGCUUGGGUGUAGAGCACUGCCUCUUACACUCUCACAGCGAUCAGGACUUUGACAGUUCCUCUUCGGUUCAAAGGGAGGAUACUUCUGCGAGUGAUCACACCCAGGAACCAGACAACUCAGAGUCGCCCUUGGCCCAGGGGACUCCCGAGUACCACUACGCUGCGUCGCAGGCGAUGGAGAGAUACCUUGAUGAUGACUCGAGGCAUGAGAGAAUUGCUCUCGGAUACAGCAGUGUUGUAUGA